AGACUUGCAAUAAAAUAUACUUGCAGUUUAUGCUUAAUUAAUGCUAGCAAAUACGUUUACUUAAAUGCCUUACAUUGUUACUGAGCAGUGCAACCGGAUCCCUCCGACAGAGAACCUCUUUCAGCUAGCUAGUGAGAGUUGUGCCUGGCAGCAAACAGCAGAGCCAACGGCCAUUUUGAGUUACUGCACUGAAUCCUGGCGCAGAAAAUGAAGUCGCUGGGUGGGGGAGGGGGAGAUUGAGCUCUGCGCAGUGUGCGCUGAUGUUGGAAUGUUGCGGUAAUCAUGCUUGUAGAUCACACCCUCCUUACUUGUUUAUGCUAAAUUUAAUAAGUUUCUGGGAUUUACCUUGAUGUUAUGGUUUUGAGUCACUACAGGAUGAGGACUUUUUGACAUGAAUGAACAUUAUUGUGUAUCUGCACAAACAUCUCAUCUGACGAAGUAACUAAUCAGUAAUAUUUAGAAUUUUGUUUUCUCACACCAAAAUACAAACAAAGCCUUUUCAUCUCGAGUCUUGCAGGUCAGCAAUGCAGCGAGGCUAACCUACAUAAAUAGACACAGGCAUAUUAUUAUGUGGUUGGAAAUCAGCUUGCCAUCGUCACUGUAUUACAAAUUAUUUUUGUUGUUUUUGUGAUGUUUUGUAUUUAUAUGGCCUUAAAAUGUGUAUAAUAUUUUAGAAAUCUGUGCAUUUUAAGUUUAUGCAUUCCCAUAUAUACAUACAAAUCACUUCAAAAUCUCUGAUGGAGCCAUUGUGUGCAAAUUAAAGGCACAUAUAGUUGAAUCCUGUUAAAAAUUCAAAAGGUGCUUCAAAGAUAAAAUGCGCACAACACUCUAAACUACGGAAAAGCUUCCAUGUUUUGCAUAACCUCUGUACUGCUGCCGAGACGGCCUAAAUUCAUACACUCUGAUUGGCUGAGGAUUGAACCAAUAGGAGCGUGGGGGGAUGGGAGGAAGGUUAGGUUGCUGCAGCUUGUUGUUAGCUUCAGUGUCAUUUGUGUUCGUCAGAUGGCAGGCCAAAGGCAGCAAUGGAAGUUGUUGUGACAGAGGAGAAGAAGAAGAUAUUCCGUGCCAGGAAAACCAUGAAGAUCAGUGAUCGGCAGCAACUCGAAGCUCUUCACACCACUCUGUUGACAGCAGCGUCGAGUUCAUCUGAGCCGUCUCCGCCUGAACCGUCUCCUCCGCCACCUCUAAUGAACGGCUCGCACAGAGAGGAUGGACAAAAGGACCUGGAGCAAAACAGCCACCAGGACUCAAACUCCCCCAUCGCUACAUCACCUGCCUCUGUGACCUCUCUGAGCUCCCCCGCUCCGUUUCUGUCGCUCAAUCUGUCCCCCUCACCCGUACCAUCGCAAAGUCCAAAAGAAAAGGACGAAUCCCUUUCAGGCCCUUCGUCGCCAUUCCAAUCUAUAAACUUUGAACAGAAAAAGGAGGAGGAAAAGACUUGCUUGCCGUCAUCAUCAGUGAAGGAAACCUCUGAACCAGCAGCAAAGGAAUCCAAAGAGCCGCAGGAGUACACCAAGGAGUUGGAAAAGACCGAGGAUGACCAAACCACACCAGAAGACAAAGCUAGCGAUUCAGAUCAGGACUCUGCUAAAGAAUCCGUUUCUUCUUUGCAUCCAGUAUCUGAUGGCACUGUCCCAAUGGAAACAGACACUACACAGGCCAAGGACACAGCCCAAAUAAAGUCUUCUACUUCCAAUAAUUCCGUUCCUUCGCUCUCUUCCUCUGUGGAUGUAAAACGGGGGAAGGACAUAGAGGAUGGGACUGGCAAGGAUCAGGCUAAGAAAGGCUUGCUAAAGCAAGACAAGAUAGAGGUUACCAUUGUUAAAAUGGAGGCCAAAAAGGAGAAAAUGGACGUUGGUCAGACUUCGAAGCCAUCGCGCCCAUCAUCCACUCCACCAUGUAAUACAGUGUCAGAGGAGCGAAAUUGUACCUCUGGAAUCAAGCGGACUUUAUCAGAGGGCUUUGACAAAGAAGGGCAUUCUAUAAAACGGGAAGGGAAGAGACAGAAGAUGGAACAAGGAGAAUUGGAGGCUCAACUGGAACUCAAAAUCACUGCAAAAGCUGGGAGUCAUCACAAACUUGAGAAGAUCGUGCAGCAGUUAGUGGGCGAAAGGCUGAGGGACCUCGAGAUGACAAUUUUUGAGAAACAUUUCCAAGAGUUGAAGGGCAGAGUUGACAAGAUCGACUGUGCCACAAAACACCAAGUGGCCAUUAAUACUCUCCAAGCCAAAAUAGCCCGACUAUCAAAAAAGUUUGGGGAAGCCAAUCAGGCAUCAGAGAACAAAAGGAAACAGGAGGCUGCUUCCACUGCUAUGGCUGCUGCCUCUGCUGCUGCUGCCAAGACAUCAUCUGUUGGAAAUACCCCCCAAGUUCAACGGCCAGUCCGGGCACCAGUGGAGGUGAAGCAGAUCCCAGCAACAGCUGUUACUUUACCCCACACUGCUGCAAAGUCCAGCCCACUUAUUCCAACCCCUGUCUCCACCACUACAGCCAUGGUUUCACAGGCCCCCAUCAUUAAACUGAUCACCUCUUCCUCCAAUGCCGUCUCCACCUUGGCUACUGGCAUCACCACUCAGAGUUCUACAGGCACCUUGUUGCUGAAGACGGCACCUGCGGGUAGUAUGAUGACUGGACAGCCACUCAUCAUACAGCUACCUGUAUCGAUGACGAAUGGCCAGGCGGGAACACUGGUCAACUUCCCCGUGUCCUCUCUGCCUGCGCCCGGCUCGCUCAAUAAGCCCAAAACCACCGCUUCCACUACCACCUUCAUAAUCAAGCCCGCACCUGUCACGACCACAGCUGCAGGUUCUAUUCCAACCCCUAUCACUGUCCCAGCGCUUCAGGCUCCUCCUAGCCAGAUUUCCUCGGGCCAGAUCUCACUUGCCCGAGCCGUAUACCAAGGCGGCGCUGGGGGGAUAACUACACCCAAUGCCGGAGUUUCUGUGACCACGGCAAGGACCCUGGUUCCGUCUGUAUCUGUCGCUGGAGCCAUGUCUACCGCCUCCUCCUCGGCGACAUCUGGUCCAGCAGCAACAGGUUCAGCGGCUCCAGGACCCCCACAAGGGACGUCUUUGACAUCUAAAACAGACAACCAAGCCACAGGAAUCACUCCGUCCAAAGGCGCUGCUCCAGUAGCACGUCCCAAAGGCGCUGUCAUUGAUCUUACUGAGGAUGAUGAUGAUGUGCAGGUAACGGGAGUGAAGGAGGCGACAGUUCCAAGUCCCUCGGUAACCCAGCGUCCAAAUCCAGCCAGCGUUCCAAACAGCUCAGGAGCCAGGUCGUCCCCACAAAGCAGCCAGAACACAUCCAACAGUAAUCCGUCGGUGCAAAACCGCCCCCAACUGGAUUCUACAGUGAAACCCCGCACUACUUCAACUACUACGCCAGCCCGGGGCUCCAGCACGACCUUGCCCCCGCUUCCCGUCACACCCGUGCCCACGGGCCUACCACCGGAGGCUCAGCGGACCUCGCCUCCCCAGCAACCUCAGCUCAAGCUGGUGCCAAGCGCAAGUGGCAUAGUGCUGUCCUGGUGCGUGUCCGAAACAGAUCAGUCGUGUGCGGCCGUCGAAAGCUAUCACCUGUAUGCCUACCACCAAGACAACUCGAACAGCAACUCAGGUCAGCAGCACUGGAAGAAGAUCGGGGAAGUGAAAGCUCUUCCUCUGCCCAUGGCCUGCACCCUGACCCAGUUUCAGUCUGGCUCCACAUAUCAUUUUGCAGUUCGAGCCAAAGACAUUUACGGGCGCUUUGGCUCCUUCUGCGAACCCCAAUGCACAAACGUGAUCAAUCCCAGCUCAAACUGAACAUUUACAAAAAUAAUUUUCAUUUGACUGUUUAUUACUUCUUUUAGGCAAGGUAUGUCUUAGGAGCUCCAAUAUUGUGCAUUGUUGACAUAGAGUAUCUGUAAAUACUUUCCGGCCGACUUCUGACUGACUUGCAAAGUUGAAGCAGCAGACGGUGUAGUUCAGUGGUUUAUGUACGUUAUUCAUUUUUCAUGAUUGAUACAGUUGUAUAUAAGUGAGCUACUUCUUCAGCUCCUCAUGAUUCAUGUCGGAUGAUUAAUGUUAUUGGCUCAUGUAAGUCGCCCAGAUGAUGUUGUUUGCUUUACUGGAGACACGAUGCCAGGACUAUCAUGUCAACAGAAUUGCACAAAAAUGUAUACAUGUGGUAGAAAUUGAAUGAUAACUUUUGUAAGUUUUGUCUGGUAACCAGACUUGUGACAGACACAAUAAAACGUUUUAUUAAAGAUG